GAAGAAGCAGAGCGGCAUUCACAUUUCUCACUAAAAACAACUUAAACAAUAUUUAAUUUAAAUUGUGCUCAAAACAUGGCCGAUGAUGCCGAAAACUCAGUGGACAACAGACCAGCGGACGACAACAAGCCGGAGAAAAUGUUCACGCUCAAAAAAUGGAACGCCGUAGCCAUGUGGAGCUGGGACGUCGAGUGCGACAUAUGCGCCAUUUGCCGCGUCCAAGUCAUGGAUUCCUGCCUGCGCUGCCAGGCGGAGAACAAGCGGGACGUGCUGGGGCGCCAGGACUGCGUUGUCGUCUGGGGCGAGUGCAAUCACUCGUUUCAUCACUGCUGCAUGUCCUUGUGGGUUAAACAGAACAAUCGCUGCCCGCUGUGUCAGCAGGAGUGGUCCAUACAGCGCAUGGGAAAAUAGGCCACGAGAUAAUGCCGGUUGGACGGACCUCAUAAUAAUUAAAUACCCCUUAAGCUAAAGCAUGUAAGCGUUUCUGAUAUAAGCAAUAACUUAGAAUCAUUUCAAACUGUCGAGCUGAAUAAAUAUAAAU